UGUUGUUUUUGGGUUUUUGCUUGAUUUGGUGAUGUAGAGCACAAAAAGAGCUUAUGAAAUAUAUUGUUGGAUGGAAGAGGGUAGUGGGAGGCUGUAAUUGACAUGGAAGUCUGGGUGAGAGGGAAUAAAUCAAGAGCUUAAUCUCAAAAUCCUAACGAAAGUAACCUCAUACGUUAACCAAAUUCCCCAAUGGAUUUAGAUUUGCUAUGUCUUGUUUUGGAGCUCAUCCACAAAACAGAGAAAAGAAAAACUCAGUCUUUGUUUCCAGUUUCAUCAAAACCUGUUUGUUCCACAAAAGUUAGUCCCUUAACCUUAGAAUGAUAACUCUAAGGUUAAUUCAAGCCCUCAGACUUUUGUAACAAGCUCCGGGUUAUUGGAGACUAAUUUACUGAUCUAUAUUUAGAGCAACAUUGAACGUGUUAGGAGACGGAGUCUAGCUUUUAUCAGUUUGGUUAAAGGGGGUUAUCGGCGUCGCUGCUAUUUUCUUGUUAAUUACAAGCUCUUAGCUGCUACUUUCUUGUUAAUUACAAGCUCUUAGCUGCUACGGUUUGCAGUUGGUGUUAAUACGGUUGAAGAAUGGCUCUUGCCCCUCAUUCAAACUUUCUCGCCAACCAUGAAACCAUCAGAUAUUAUGUCGGGUCAAAGUUUCCCGGUCAUAAAAGGUUUAGCUGGGGAUGGGAAGAUUACUUUGGUAAUAUAUUCGUAGCGAAAAUUUGUUCCAGCAGACGGAUACCUAGAUACUUUCGAAAAUCUCCUAGAAUAUGCAGCAGUUUGGAUUCAAGAAGUUUGCAACUAUUGUCACACGGGAAACACAAUCUCUUUCCCGCACAUAGCAUUAACCAGAAUGUAUCUAAGGGAAAUUCAGGAAGCAAAUUUCCAAAAGAUGUAGCUUUGAUGGUUUGGGAGAAAUGGGGCCAAUUUGCCAAAACAGCAAUUGUAGCUAUAUUCAUUUUGUCAGUUGCUUCAAAAGCUGAUGCGGUUGAUGCUCUCAAGACUUGUACUUGCUUACUGAAAGAGUGCAGGUUAGAGCUUGCGAAGUGCAUUGCAAACCCUGCAUGUGCAGCUAAUGUUGCCUGUCUCCAGACUUGCAACAAUAGACCUGACGAAACGGAAUGUCAGAUAAAAUGUGGUGAUUUGUUUGAGAACAGUGUUGUAGACGAGUUCAAUGAGUGUGCAGUCUCCCGAAAGAAAUGUGUACCUCGUAAAUCUGAUGUUGGUGACUUUCCUGUACCUGAUCCAAGUGUUCUUGUCCAGAAGUUUGACAUGAAAGAUUUUAGCGGGAAAUGGUUCAUAACACGCGGUUUAAAUCCCACUUUUGAUGCUUUUGAUUGUCAAUUGCAUGAGUUCCAUACAGAAGAAAACAAACUUGUGGGGAAUUUAUCGUGGAGAAUAAGGACACCUGAUGGAGGAUUUUUUACUCGAUCAGCGGUGCAAAAAUUUGUGCAAGAUCCAAAGUAUCCAGGGAUACUCUACAAUCAUGAUAAUGAGUAUCUUCACUACCAAGAUGACUGGUAUAUUUUGUCAUCCAAAGUAGAAAAUAGUCCAGAGGAUUACAUAUUUGUGUACUAUAAGGGCAGAAAUGAUGCAUGGGAUGGAUAUGGUGGUUCUGUACUUUACACAAGAAGUGCAGUUUUGCCUGAAAGCAUUAUACCCGAGUUGCAAACCGCCGCUCAAAAAGUUGGCCGUGAUUUCAACACCUUCAUAAAAACAGACAAUACAUGUGGCCCUGAACCUCCCCUUGUUGAGAGGUUGGAGAAGAAGGUGGAAGAAGGCGAGAGGACGAUCAUAAAAGAAGUCGAGGAGAUAGAAGAAGAAGUAGAGAAGGUGAGAGAUAAAGAAGUCACCUUAUUCAGUAGACUGUUUGAAGGUUUUAAAGAGCUCCAACGAGAUGAAGAGAACUUCUUAAGAGAGCUGAGCAAAGAAGAAAUGGAUGUUUUGGAUGGACUUAAAAUGGAGGCAACUGAGGUAGAAAAACUUUUUGGGCGUGCUUUACCAAUAAGGAAGUUAAGGUAAGUAUCGUUAAAAGUAUUUUUAAAGCCAUUGAAACUAUCAAUAUAUAUACUACAUGUAUAGUUGUAUUUGAUUCUUUUGCCAGGAAUAGAUUGCUCACACAUCAUGUAUUACUUUUUUUUCAGAAGCAUAAUAAUAUAUUUCUUCUCCUUUCAAACCA